AUGGAAAGCGCAGUCAAAAUAAAAGUCGGAAAUAUGAAGUCAGAUACAGUUACAGUGAAAUCUGGCCUUAGACAGGGUAAUUCCAUCUCAUCUAUUCUCUUCAAUUUGGUUUUAGAAAAAGUAAUAUGGGAGAUGAAAAUCGAACCCCACAAAGGAAUAAAACUCCGGAACUCGGUUAUUCCCUUAUUGGCAUACGCCGAUGACAUAGUGCUGAUGGACGAAUCUUAA